AGAGAGAGAAGGAGAGAGAGAGAGAGUAAGGAGCAGGGAUGAUAAGAACUGUGAAAGACAAUGAAGUUUAAAGUCCUCUCCUAUUUCUGCCUGCUGGGCUGUAUAAUGGCGGCCGUCUCCAUAGAGGUUCUGGUGGACCCGGGUUCCUCCGUGGACCUGCCCUGUUCUACAACCCUGCCCGAGGGGACCGUCCCGGACCUGCUGGAGGUCACGUGGCUUUGGAACCACUCUGUUGUGGCCUCUAAUGUGGAGAACCGGACGGAACCAGGAUACUUUCUGAACAUCUCACAACUCCUCAACGGCUCCUUUCCUCUGACGCUGCGCAAUGCCAGCCUUGGCCAGCAGGGGCAGUAUCAGUGCCAAGUGUCCUAUAAUAGCACUCAGAUCCAUCUCAGUAACGUGACGCUAGUCAUUACGGUUCCUCCCUCUCUCUCCGUCCUGUCUUCCGUUCUGGUACUCAGGAAGGAAACCGUUCUUCAGUGUGAGGCGACAGGUUUCAACCCUCCUCAGAUCAACUUCCGGUGGACACGAACUGGAAGUGACGUGGCAUUACCGACCCCCACGACCAAGGUGACCCCGACCCCUGAUGGGCUCUACAGGGCAGUCAGCGGCCUCCCCUUCACCCUCACCCCUCCAGUCAACCCCAAUCUGACCUUUGGGUGUGAGGUCACCCACGUGGGCCUGAAGAGGGCGCUCAAGAGCGAGUUUAAACCCACCAUUAUCUUUCCUCCCUCUCUCUCCGUCCUGUCCUCCGUUCUGAUCCUGGAGAAGCAGAGCGUUCUUCAGUGUGAGGCGACAGGUUUCUACCCUCGUCAGAUCACCUUCCGGUGGAUGCGUACUGGACCGGACGUGACAUUAGGGCCCCCCACGACCAAGGUGACCCCGACCCCAGACGGGCUCUACAGGGCAGUCAGCGGCCUCCCCUUCACCCUCAGCCCUCCGGUCAACCCCAAUCUGACCUUUGGGUGCGAGGUCGUCCAUGUGGGUUUGAAGGAGAGUCUCAAGAGGGAGUUUAAACCCACCGUUAUCUAUCUCCCGAAGGUGUCCGUCUCCACGGUUCCCACGUCCAAGCGUUCCAGCCCCCUCACCCUCAGCUGUGACAUCACCGGGUUCUCCCCUGAGAACGUGUCGGUUCUAUGGAUCCAGAACGGCUCGGUUCUGCCAGUGCCCCCUCCCAUGCAGCUCCACGUGGACAGCACGUACCAGACCCGACGGUUCUACACACUCACGGAGGAGCAGCGGGACCAGGGAGGCGAGGUCCAGUGUGUGGUCAACCAGCCCCAUGUCGCAGAACCCGUCUCCGGUUCCGUUAACCUGACCGCGGCCGACCCUCUGGUACAGGAGCUGAUUCUGACGAAGUCUGCGAAGGCGUCGGUGGCCAUGAUGAUCAUCUCCCUCACGCUGGUGCUCCUGCUGUGCUUCGGCUUCUCCUGGAGGAGGAGAGAUGAGAAGCAGAAGUCCCUGAGCGUGUCCAGCAUCAUUCUGCCCCCGCGGGUGUUGGUGGGGCAGAAAGGCAGGGUGACGGUGAGCAUCGAGGGCAGGAGGGCAGAUAGAGUCCAGACCGCCUGGUUCCUGAAUGACAUCCCCAUCGCAGACACCACCUGCACAGGACCCCAUCACUCUGGCCGAGCCUCUCGAAUGUCCCGUGUGUCCCGUGUGUCUCUGGUGUCUGCACCUCCUUACAGUGGGCGUAUGUCUCGCAUCUCUGUGUCGUCCUUCUCUGAGAAGGGUCCCUUGUUGCCCCUAACUGCCCCGGGGUACUACAAGCUGUCCACCCAGCAGCCUGUCUACUCCUCCUCCGGGGGCAACAAGCAGCUCCUCUCCUCCGUCACCUUCCUGCCCAACCUGUCCGUCCACAAGGGGGCGGUGUUCAAGUGCCAGGUGUCCUACAGGGGCAAAGACAAAGUGGUGGUGGAGAGGGUGUCCGACAAGUUCACAGUGCUCGCUGCUCCAGAAGUGUCCGAGAUUAAGUUGUCUGACAUCAGUGAGAAUACAGACACCACCAUGCUGACGGUGCAGGCGUCCCGGUUCCACCCUGACAUCAUCACGUUCCGCUGGUUCUGCGAGGGCGGCGAGCUGUGCCCGGUGGCGGCGGCCCCAGCGCUGGCGGCCCCGCGCCCCGACGCCGAGGGCUACUUCGCCGCCAUGAGCCAGUGCAGGCUGCCCCGCGCAGAGCUGGAGACCGGCAGCACCAGGGUCUGGGUCACCGUACACCACACCGCCCUCAAGGAGCCACUCACACGCGAGACCAGAGGGUACAUAAAGAAGCCCAGUGUGUCAGAAAUUACCUCAGCCAAUCACAACGGGGCGCUGACGUUCAGCUGUGAGGUCACGGGGUUCUACCCCCCCGACGUGUCCGUCACCUGGCAACAGCUGAAGAAGACGGGGCAGACGCCGCACAGGUGCCAUAGAUACGCGGACGACGAUGACGACGAUGAUGACGAUGAUGACUAUGAGGAUGAAGACAGGGUGGAGGUCGCGGAGGGCACACAGGUGUGGGGGCCGCUGCUCACGGAGCCCAGGAUGUACCGGGCAACGGGCGUGCUGCGAGAGCUGGGGUCAGAGGUCAAGGGGGCGGAGCCUAUGGAUGCAGUCAUGUGCCGGGUGGACCAUUGCUCCUUACAGGCACCUGUGGAGCGACUAUGGAGGAGAAUACACGCAGUCCCUCCUGUCAUCCCUCCGUCUUUGUCGGUGAGCUGGACGGGUGAUGGCAUCGGAGUGUUCUCUCUGGUGCUGAGCGGCAGCAGUGCCUGCACUACGCUCCUGUGGGCAGCAGGGGGCGCCACUAUGAGCUCGCUGCACUCCCGCGAGAGCGAGGCCACGGGCGCCGACGGCAACAGGGAGCUGAGCAGCACCUGUGCAGUCCUCCGGUUGUCAGGGCAACCGAGUCAGGAGAGCGGGACGAGCAUCCACAGUCACACCAACGGACACGCACACAAGCCAAAGCCAGGGUCGGCCAUGCUGGAGUGUGAAGCGGAGGUGGCCUUCAUCGACGAGGAGGAAGACGAUGGUGUGCGGAGGCCUCAGAGAGCCCUGGCGGAGAGGAAGAGCGACAUGGAGAGCACGGAGGAGAGAGAGAGAGGCGGAGAGAGAGAGAGGGGCGGAGAGAGAGAGACGGACACUCCCUCCAUCAACACCGUGAGGCUGGCUGAGGGAGAAGUGUUGCGCGUCGGUGUGGAGAUCACACACCCCGCUCUCAACACACCAGUUUACCGCACAUGGACAGCUCAAGACUGAUGCACAGCUGGGACCCCUGUGCUGCAGAAGACCUCCUGUACCCUCAGCAAGCAUCACACUCCAGGACAUGCCACUUAUUAUCUAGAGGCUCUUUAACUUAAUCACAACUAUUUCAUGUCAUAUUUAUUUUGUAGCUACAGUCUGUCUAUUUAAAAUGACUCAAUUUCCGUCUUUAACUUUUGUGACUAAAACUUUGUACUGUUCAUUAGUAAAGAUUAUUUUGUAUAAAAAAAUUGAUUGUGUGUAUGCUUGAGUCUGUGCGAAAUAAAGUUGAUUUAACAACUUGCGAUAAAUACCCACCUUUCUUUAUAAAUAAACAAUAAGCCAUUGUAUGGCUUCCGCUGUGGCUAAAGCCUGCCUUCGA